AUGAAUAUUUUUAUAUGUCCUAAUCAAAAUGAGUUCUCAAAUAAUGAUAGUUCGGAAAUAGAGAAGUUAUAAGAAAAGAAGGAGCUUAGGCCUCGAAAUAAUUUAGUCCCAGGAGCCUUUUAGGAAUAUAAAAGAACUUAUGUCAAAGUGCCAUCUAAUUCCAAGGAAUAGCUUGCAUAGCUUGUAUUCAAGGAAGGUUUUAAAAUCAAAGAUGUAUGAUACUGAAUUAACAAUAUCAAAGGCUGCCAAGAGAUUAAGUAUCAAGUACGAGACCGCUAAGACUAUUAUAUUCCAUAUACGCAAAGGAAAUAUUAAAAUAAAAAAGCCCAAGCCCAAAAAAUGCAGAUAUACCUAAAUAUAGGAAAAUAGAAUUUUAAAAUACAAAAUCAUCUCCACUCUUUCAAGUAGAAUAGUAUCUUCCAAGGAAUUUAUUAUUUAAUUUCAGUCAAGUGUCGAUACUCAAGAAUUUAAAAUGAUAUGA